CACGCUUUGGCCUUAUAUCAUGGGAGGCCAAGGGUUACAUGCAACUGCUCCAUCUCUGGAGGGCUUUGUUCAUCUUGCACCAGUCCUAGAAGAGGUGAUGACUGGAAAAGCAGACAAGGAAACAUGGGACAAACUUGAAAGCUACUUGAGUCCCUUCUGUCAACCCUCAAAGGAACAGAGCUGUGGGACGGCACCCCAUCUGUUAUCCCACAGUUUGAAAAAAUCAUAAGAAGCUUGGUGAACACUGUGCAAGCACAGAACGUGAUGAUACAAAGCCUUCAGAUGCCUGUGGUGGUCCUGAUGAGAGAAAUUGCACAGUCUGCGAACUCCACUCAUUUUAACUUGUCUGAGAUCUCCCAAAGAAUGCAGCCUGCCAUUGAACACACGCUGGAGCUAGCUGAGCAGGCUAAUGGCACGUUGAAGUGCAGUGAAGUUCUCAUAGCAUGGGAGCCCGUAAGAGAGGCGGCAGGGCUGAGCCCCUCCACCAUGUCUAUGUGGUGUAACAUCCACCUGCAGCCUGUUCUGGAGGCUUAUGCUGAGGCCCAGACUGUCUACGCCCUCAUGAACACGAGUCACAUGGGUGUGGGACCAAUGACUGUGAGCGCCACAGCUGCCAGGAUCGUCAAGAGUGUACAGUCCCUCUACCAUGCCAACAUGAACAGCUCAAUUGUGUCACAGCAGCUCAUCAUGGUGAUCGUCAGCCAGCUCUCUGGGUUUACAGGCCAGUCUCUGAGCCCUGAGGCAGAGCUUUACUGGUACAAGCAGCUCCAAGAUGUGCAGCUGCUAAACAGUUUGAAUUCUUUCAAAAUGCUCUCUGACGAGCUGGUAAACGUGGCCCCAUUCAUCCAGCCUUACACUGAUGCAUUAGAGGAAGCACUGAACCACAUCCUGGGCAACUACGAUCUUUUUGAAGACAGCAGCUCAUCCGAAGACAUCUUCAGAGAAGCAGCAAUGAUCUUCCUGUCGUCUGCAAACAUAACAUUGGACAAUUCCAUGAUGUCAGGCAAUUUCUCUGGACUCAAUGUAGAAUCUCUAACCAACAUGAUAAAGGAAGCUGUCCAACAGAUCAUUGACAUGCAGAUAUUUGGGAAUGAGCCUAUGCUUUACCAAGCCUUGGAGCAGUUUCUGGCAUCCAACGAAUCAAGCAUGAUUGUGCAGAAGGUGUUCGACUUGGUUGCAUGGUUGGCCUCCACUAAAUCAUCUGGAUUUGACCUGCUGACUCAGGUUCUGCCUAAAAUCUACGACAUAGUCAGGCCUCUCCUGUCUGUUCUGACCCAGUUGGGUUUGGACAUGUCAGAAAACAUGGAGCUGUUUGAAGACCUAGCUGGAAACAUCAUAGCAAUGCUGAGGCAGUUGGUAAGCACCAGUGGUCUUCUGUCCCCCAAGGACCACCGACCAAGUAUGUAUGGAAUGAGCGGUGGUAACCAUACAACGAGGGUCCGAAACCGACGCGAGGCCCCAUCGAUGAUGGCAAGAGAUCCCAUGGAUGACUUCAUAGACCUGUUCUACAUCGACUACCCUACCAUGUUCAAAGCCAUCUCUGUUCCUGUUUCUACAAAUGAAAUCCUGGAGACUGUCCACGUGUUCUUUGCCAAUCCUGAUAUGAACGUUGUGGUGAAGGGAGUUACAAGCGACAUGCCGUGGGGCUUGAACGCCUCUCGGGAAGACACCAUUGAUGCUGCCCUUGGCCUGCUCUCCUUCGUCACUCUGCCUAGCACGUUUCAGAUGUCAUCAAUGGAUCUUCUGUCAAAUGCUGCUGCAAUGCUUCCUGAUGGCUUUCCAUUCUCCACGAUGCUUAAACAUAUCACCAGAGUGCUUGCUGGUGAAUCUCAAGAGAACCUAAUGCUCAUGCAAGAGACCAUCCAAACAGCCAUCGAGCUCUUCCAGAUCAGCCUGACGGACCCACGAUUCACCGAGCAACUCAGCCACCUGGGAUCCAAGGUGUGUGCGGUGGAGCAAACAGAGUCUGUGCGUCUGCUGAUGCUGUCCCUCUCCAUUGAGCCUGGCCAGCUGUGUAACACUAUUCUACCGAGCCUGCAGAUGUUGGUUGAGAGUCUGAUGAUGAACACAUCCUAUCUGAGCGAUGCCAUCUUCCAGACCGCCAUCGGAGAACCAACAGCCUACAGCCUCCAUUCAAACUGGUCCUCUCUGUUGAGUCAAGGCUUAGGCUUUAACACCAGCAACCUGAGCUCUUUAGACAUUAACAUCACUUCGCCAGGAGUGGUGACAGUCGGUGAGUUGCUGAGGAAUGAAACAGCCUUCCUCGUUGAUGUUCAGAAACACAUGGAUUUCGAUCCAGAUGCCCUCCACCUGUUGAUGGAAACAAUAUUACCAAACAACAAUUUAGAGAUCCUGUCCUGGUUGGUCAACCUGCGUCACUGCGGCUCCACAGAAGCGUUGGAAAUGAAAGAGACAGAUUUGGAGAUGUUGAAGACCUUCUGCUCCUUGUCUGUUGAGCAGUGGUACAGCUUCUCACUGCUGAUGGCUCGCCACCUCAACAUGGAGAAACUCAUCUACAGAAUGGUGUUGUCUGAAGAAAUGCAAGGCCUGGUGGGAGUUAUGCUCCAGAUGGCUGAGGUUAUAACCAGCAUGAUGAAAACAUUUAUUCCUACCAUCGGUCAGCUUCAAACCUUCAUGGCCUCCGUCCAAGACCUCAACCUGGGAGCCAACCAGGAAUUUGACCAAAUGGCUAGAGGAUACAGGUCAAGCAUUUCCAGCAAAGCUACGUUUGUCACCCUCUCUCGAGCGUUGUGCAGUAAAGGUAUCCUGGCUCUGCUCGGAGUCUCUAAACUCACCGCCAUCAUGGAAUCAAACUCCUCCCAACCCGACCAGGUCAGGAGGGGGGAGAUGAUCAAUAGGUUCAAGAUCCCACAGGAUGCCUCUCCCUUCUGUAUGAACAUGUACCUGGAUAUGGUCAACACCACGGGCGGAGCCAUCGCCUGGGCCUUCCUCAAACCAAUGCUGAUGGGUCACAUUUUGUAUACCCCUGACACACCUGCCACCAGGGCCAUAAUGGAGAAGGCCAAUUCCACCUUGAAUGAGUUUGCAAAUCUAAGGAAGUACUCCGAGGACUGGAUCGAAUCCUCCAACUACCUCGUGAAGUCUGCCGUGUUACUCAGCCAAACUUUGCCAUUGCUGCAGAAUUCCCUCAGCAAUUCCUUUGUUCAGAGAUUCAUUGAGAUGCAGACAGACAUCAAUGUCGACACAAUGAAGGAGACACUCAGCAACUUCUCUAACAUGACCGCCAUGCUGGAGAAAAACAAACACAUAAUGGAUCAGGUCACCACCUUGUCCACCCUGAUGGUGAACCUCUCCUCCUGCAUCACAUUUGACCGUUACCGUGGUUACGACACUGCUGAUGAGCUCAACGCUGCAGCUCAGCACCUCGCCAAAAACCGUGAUCUCUACGCGAGUGUCAUCUUCAAGCUUCCCAAAGACACGGACGCAUCCAGGAAGCGUAAUGCCAGGGCUUCCUCUUCCACAUCCACCCUGCCUCCUAAAGUCAGCUACACCAUCCGAAUGCACAUGGACAACUUGAUGCGUACAGACAGAGUCCGUGACCCCUAUUUUAUGAAGGACCACCACAUCUCGGCCCGGAGGACGCUGCGCUACAACCGGGGCUUUGUGUACCUGCAGGAGAACAUCGAUCGGGCGAUCAUAGAGACCCAAACUGGACAUAGAAUUGAGGAGACAGCCGUCCAACUGCAGCCCUUCCCCUACCCCUGCCACUACAGGGAUGAGUACCUGGAGGCCGUCGCUUUUGUCUUCCCUCUCAUGUUGAUGAUAGCCUGGGUGCUGUUUGUGGCUGAUUUUGUGAAGAAACUGGUGCAUGAGAGAGAGCUGAGACUGCAUGAGUACAUGAAAAUGAUGGGAGUCAAUCCGCUCAGCCAUUUCUUCGCUUGGUUCCUGGAGUGCGCCUCCUACUUGGUGCUGACCGUCUUCAUCCUCACCCUGGUGCUGAAGUACGGCGACAUUCUGCCCCACAGCAACGGCUUCAUCCUCUUCUUGUACCUCUGCAACUACAGUUUGAGCAUCCUGUCCUUCAGUUACCUGGUCAGCUCCUUCUUCGACAAGACUUACAUCGCUGGCCUCAGCGGCAGCCUUCUGUACAUCCUCUGCUUCUUCCCCUUCAUUGUGGUCUUGGCCGUGGAGACAGAUCUCACCUUUUCCCAGAAGAGCGCCCUGAGUUUGUUCUCCCCAACCUGCUUUAGUUAUGCCAGUCAAUAUAUAUCUCGAUUCGAGUCCCAAGGAGAAGGCCUCCAAUGGAGUAACUCAUACACCUCGCCCAUACCUGGAGACACGGCUUCAUUCGGUUGGCUGUGCUGGCUGAUGCUCAUUGACUCCAUCCUCUACUUCAUCAUCGGGUGCUACAUCCGAAUGGUCUUCCCAGGCAACUAUGGCAUCGCUUCCCCAUGGUACUUCCCAUUCAAAGCAUCCUUCUGGGCCGACCUGUGCUGUUGCUGUAGGUCAAACAGUAAGGUGGGCCGAGGACUCCUCUUCACCAACAUCAUGCAGAAAAACCAGCCUGUCUUCUCCGAUGACAAGGGAAAAGGCCAGAGCAGUCUUUCCUCUCAGACUGGGGAGGAUUUCUCAGAGCUCCCAGUAGGCGUUGCCCUCCAUGGUCUCAGCAAGAUGUAUGGCGACCGAGUAGCUAUCCAAAACCUUAAUGUGUCCUUCUACGAGGGCCAUGUCACCUCACUACUUGGUCACAAUGGAGCCGGCAAGACUACCACCAUGUCUCUCCUGACUGGCCUUUUCGCCCCAACUUCUGGCACCAUCGAGGUGUAUGGCAGAGACAUGCAGACCAACAUCGAUGACAUUCGCAGAGAGCUAGGAGUGUGCAUGCAAUAUGACGUCCUGUUUGACCACAUGACCACCAAGGAGCACCUGCUGCUGUACGGCCAGAUCAAGGCGCCACACUGGUCACAAGAGGAACUGCGUGAACAAGUCCGCUCGACCCUAGAGGAGACAGGCAUGUACGCUCACAGACACAAGCUGGUGAGCACAUUGUCAGGAGGCAUGAAGCGCAAGCUGUCAAUCUCCAUCGCCUUCAUAGGGGGCUCUCGCUUGGUGGUUCUGGAUGAACCCACUGCGGGAGUCGAUCCCUGCUCCAGGCGCAACAUCUGGGACAUUGUUAUCCAGCACAAGAAACAUCGCACUGUCAUCAUGUCCACUCACCACCUGGAUGAGGCUGAAGUACUCAGCGACCGCAUCGCCUUCCUGGAGAGAGGCGGAUUAAAAUGCUGCGGAUCCCCCUUCCACCUGAAAGACAAACUGGGUCAGGGCUACAAACUCACCCUCACCAAGAAGGCUCAGAACCCAGAGUCUGAGCCGAUUGACAAUGCUGACCUGAAGGUCUUCAUCCAAGCUCAUGUUCCAGAAGCCAGAAUGAAGGAGGCCCAGGGGGGCGACCUGGUCUACUCACUGCCCCCCUUUAAAUCAUCCAACGCUUCCUCCUACCGCUCCCUCCUGACUGCGCUGGACGCCAACCUGGAUGCCCUGCAGCUGGGAGGCUAUGGCAUCUCUGACACCACCUUAGAGGAGGUGUUCCUCCAGUUGACUCACGGAAACUCAGAAGAUGGUUCUGAGGAAGGCCCGCUGUCUAUCUCAGAGACAGUUUCUGACACUGAUUCCAUCGACAGCUUCCCCUCAGACUCGAGUGGAAACAUCGACAACUUUGGUGACAAGAUCAAGCUUACCGGAUCAUCCACGAUGAGUGGCAUGGCCCUGGCCUGGCAGCAGAUGACAGCCAUACUGGUGAAGAGGUUCCACCACAGCCGUAGAGACUGGAAGGGCCUGAUCGCCCAGAUCCUGCUUCCUGUGCUCUUCAUGGUGUUUGCUAUGGGCCUGGGCUCCAUCAAGAGCGACCUGCAGCACUAUCCUGAGCUGGAACUCAGCCCUGCGCUUUACAACUUAGGACCGAGCUACUCUUUCUUCAGUAACCAGAACCCAAGCACCUCUCAGCUGACGGACACCAUGUUGUCAUACCCCGGGAUCGAUAACGCCUGCCUCGACAAGUCUAAUAACCUGGUCUGCACAAGAAGCGUGAGCAGCUGGAAUUCCAGAGGGAACGGCUCCAAAGCAUUUAGUGUCUGUAAAUGCAGCCGUCAGGAACAGGUUUGCGACCUUGACAACUUCCAGCCCCCCCAUAAAAAGAUCCCCUCGUCUCAGAUUGUGUAUAACCUCAGUGGCAUCAACGUGGAGAAAUACCUGGUGGCAACAGCAAAUAAUUUCAUCAGAAACAGGUAUGGUGGCUUUUCUUUUGGCGAGUCACUCCCUCACGACUUAAAGAUGGAUUUAACAAUAGUGCCCAAAAACCGUACACUGUCUAAGGUCUGGUAUAACCCAGAGGGCCACCACACAAUGCCGGCAUACUUAAACAGCCUCAACAACAUCAUCCUACGCUCCAAUCUUCCAGCAGACAAGGACCAACGAGAAUAUGCCAUUUCAGUUUCCAGUCACCCCUAUUUCGGCCGAGCAGAUGAUGAAGAUUCAAUUAUCCAGGGAAUGCUCCAGAUCAUGGUGGCUAUGUGUGUGCUGACGGGCUAUUCAAUCACCACAGCAAGCUUCGCCAUCUACGAGGUCAGCGAGCACCACAGCGGCUCCAAGAGGCUCCAGCACAUCUCUGGCAUCAGUGAGCCCAUGUACUGGACUGUGAACUUCUUUUAUGACAUGGUCAUGUAUUUGAUCCCUGUGACCUUGACUGUUGCUGUCAUCGCAGCCUUCCAGAUUCCAGCGUUCACAGAGCACCACAAUCUGGGUGCUGUCACCCUGCUUCUGGUUCUCUUUGGGUUUGCCACCUUCCCCUGGAUGUAUCUGUUAUCAGGCAUCUUCAAGGAUGCAGAGAUGGCCUUCAUCGUCUAUGUGUGCAUCAACCUCUUCAUCAGUAUCAACACCAUCAUGUCCACCUCCAUCCUGUACUUCCUGAGUCAAAUUUCCUCCAGAAACUCUGAGGUCAUCCAGGAGGUCUUCAACAGGCUGAGUGAGGCCUUCCUGAUCUUCCCCCAGUUCAACUUUGGGAACGGGCUGAUGAAGCUGGCCAGGAUGAACAUCGAGGUCCAGCUGCUCAGUGGCUACGGCAUCGACGCCUAUAAGAACCCGCUCUCCAUGGACGGCCUGGGCUGGAUGUUCUUCUCCUCCUUCAUCGAGGGCGUGGUCUUCUUCACCCUGCGCCUCCUGCUCAACAGGCUCCUUAUACGCAAAGUCAGGAAUCUGAUUUUCGGCAGAAAGACGGUGCCUCAGGUGUCUCAGGUGUCUUGCGAGACCGAGGAUGAGGAUGUGGUGGCGGAGCACCAACGGGUGUCCAGUGGAGCAGCCAGCACCGACGUGCUGCAGGUCAACCAGCUGACUAAGGUCUACCAACAGUUCAGUAAGAAGGUCCCUGCUGUCAACAAGAUCUCUGUGGGCAUCCCUGCAGGAGAGUGUUUUGGCCUUCUGGGAGUAAACGGAGCUGGAAAAACGACCACCUUCAAGAUGCUGACAGGAGAUGUGAGCCCGACGGACGGCACCGCACAGAUCAGGGACCGGGAUGGGCGCUUGGUAGACAUCAUGGAGUGCCGAAACGAGGGAAUUAACAUCGGCUACUGUCCCCAGGUGGAUGCAUUGGACGAUCUGCUCACAGGAAAAGAGCACUUGUACUUCUAUGCUCGCAUUCGAGGCAUCUCAAAGAAGGAGAUAGACGGGGUGGUGAACUACCUGCUGAAGAGGCUGGAGCUGAGCUACCAUAAAGACAUAAUUACUGACGGUUACAGUUGCGGCACCCGCAGAAAGCUCUCCACUGCGCUGGCUCUCAUCGGACAUCCUAAAAUCCUUCUCCUGGAUGAACCGAGCUCCGGCAUGGACCCUCGCACAAAGCGUCACCUGUGGAAAAUCAUCUCUGAAGAAGUGAAAGGAAAAUGUGCCGUGGUCCUCACUUCUCACAGCAUGGAGGAGUGUGAGGCUCUGUGCAGCCGUCUUGCCAUCAUGGUGAAAGGUCAGUUCUGCUGCCUGGGCUCCCUGCAGCACAUUAAGAACAGGUUUGGCAGCGGGUUCACUGUGAAGAUGUACUUGGCAGAGGCCUCCUGUGACGCUGAGGCAAUCACUGUCUUCAUGCGAAGUCGAUUCCCCAGCACUUAUCUCAAGGACCAGCACUCCACUAUGGUAGAGUACCACGUACCAACUGCUCCAGGAGGGGUGGCUGACAUCUUCGACCAGCUGGAGUCCAACAAGAAUGCUCUGCAGAUCAAACACUUCUCUGUGAGCCAGACCACACUGGACGAGGUCUUCAUCAACUUCGCCCUGGGAACCAUCACCAUGGAAUCCAUUUCACUGAACAGUGAAGACGGAUCUGAUGACCUGGACUCCAUCAAGGCAGUAGACAUUUAGAAACGACUGCCAUCUUUUCCUGCUUUUUGUCUGUCUACUGUGAAAUGAAAUACCAUUUGUUUAAAGUAAAUCUUCUCUUAAUAUAUAUGGUGAAACAAAUAGUUAAUGUUUUACAAAUACUGAUUAUUUCUUGAAAGUGUCAUGACUGAUCACAUACACGGUAACAUACAUGUUUAUACUUAGUCAAUUAAAAUGAUAAUGUUAACACAAGCGCAAAUAUAAAAUGUUGAUUAAUGAAGUUUCCUGUCUAAAUGGUUCGCACCUGUUUACCUUUAUUCUUUGGAUCUCAUUAUUUAUGAAGGAUAACAUUAUAUGUGUAGGCUAUUAUUUUAUCUUUGUGGUUUGGGCAUUGUUUAGCAAAUGAAAAACACUGUAUUUACUGUGGGGGAAACUUCUGUGUAGCAAUGCAGUGGGAGUCACCGACUCAUCAUGAAGGAGACACAGGAAGAGCAGGAGCUUUGAUGUUAAACACUGAUGGUUUAUUUAGGAGGUUCGGCCGGAGGGUUCACAUCACAAGUCCAAGAGCCAGAGGUUCUGACUUCACGGUAGAGUUGCCACGUCAAAUCUGAAGAACUCUACCCCAGACCCAUGUAUUUAGCUAGUUCAGAGAGAAUCAUCAACAUGCUGCAUAACAAGAGAGAAUCAUAAUACCUCUAUCAGCUGACGCCAACAGGCAGGAACAGGGAGACAGAACACUGAGAGCACAGCAGCCAAGGUUACAGGUGUGUGUGCUCAGUCAGGACAGUUUGAACUGAUAAACUGGGUCAAAGUUAUGGGCCUUGGAAAAUAUUUCCCCAACAUUUACUAUUAAGAAUAAUUUUCAUUUGAAUGUAAUUUUGGAAAAACUGAAUUUACAUAAUCUUAAAGCAAUCACACAAUAAAUAUACAUAUUGUAUACAAAUGUUGUAUAUUAUUUUAACACUUAUAUACAUGUUAUUGUGCCUACUGUCAAACGAACAUCCUGAAUGUGGACUUUUUUCAUGCCUAUGGACCACAUUUUCUUAAUGUACCCUGCCUAUUUUUACUAUUCUAAUAAAUCUAUUUUCAAAUGCA